GUUUAAGCAGGCAAACGUGUAUUUUGGCCGAAGAAGACGGGGAAAGGAAAACAGUUCGUAAAGUACUGUUUUGUUCUUUUCAGUUAUUCGUGUUAUCACAUCGUUUGGUUAAAAAAAAAAGUCACGAUGCCCGUUAUAUGUGCGGCAACAGGAUGCAACAAUAAGUUUGUCAAGGGGUCAGAAAUAAGAUUUUACAGGUUCCCUCUCAGCAAGCCUCAACUUGCCAGCAAAUGGGUGCACAGCCUUGGGAUGAAAAACUUCAUCCCAACUGCCAACACGUGCCUCUGCUCAGAGCACUUUAGGCCAGACUGCUUCAGGGACUACAAUGGCAAACAGUUUCUCAGAGAGGAUGCAGUGCCCACCAUAUUCACCCAAGGACAGGACUCCUCAAAGAUUGAGCUGCGUAAAAGGGGGGUAAUCCUAAAGGAGACGAAUGUGGCAAAUCAGAUGCCAACUCAAGCAGACAGAGACAGGGCAAAAGAGGCUGCACUUCGCAGAGACAAAAGAGGAGGAAUAAGGUUGUUGCAGGGUGGACGAGGUGGGCGUGGAGGGAAACAGCUGUCAGACAGGCAGAAUAUCGGAGCCAAAAGCAGAGUGUACGACACCAAAGGCCGACUGCUCUCCAAUGGCAAGGACUUGUGUGACUGUCUGGAUGUGGAUUGUAUGGGCUGCUUCUACCCCUGCCCCGAAUGCACAUCUCGCAAGUGCGGCGUCGAGUGCCGCUGCGACAGGAAGUGGCUUUACGAGCAGAUGGAAGUGGAAGGUGGAGAAAUCAUCCGGAACAAGUUUGCUGUUUAGUUUUCAGAUAACUUUUUUUGUUUGUUUUAUUUUUCUUCCUGUUUUCACACCCAAGUCAGACUGAUGGACCAUUCAAGACUGUGAUGCCCUCCUUAAGAAAUAACCCACAAUAUUUAUCUAUUUUAAUAAAGUUUUUUUUUCUUAAUAUUUAAUUUCUGUGCUGUUGAUAAUGUUUAACAUGCUUAAAUAUUAUUUAAAAGUGCUUUUCUGUAGUGUUUGCUUUGUAAAUGGGGGAAAAUGCAGUGUAACGUACAUAUUGUGUUGUUGCCUCUCCAGCACACCUGUUGCCAUUUUAAAUUUGACAAAAAGCAGUGGAAAUAGAUUCACAGUGGAUUAUGCUUCCCAAUGGGACCAAUCGGUAUCCCUGAAGUUCAGUGGUGGCCAAAGUACUGACAUUCUGUACUUAAGUAGAAGUAGAAGUACUUGUGUUAAAAACUACUCUUGUAAAAGUUGAAGUACUGGUUCAACUUCUGUACUCAAGUAUAAGUAAAAAAGUAC